AUGGCUGAGCCGGGAGAUGCACGGCGUUUACCUACAAACCUUGAUGUGUUGGCUUCUGAUGUUCACUCAAAGGUGGAGUUCUACAAGAAUGCCUAUAUGGACUGCAUUGGCAUCAAUAAUGUGCUUCACGGUGUCAUGGAAGAAAAAGGAAAGCUCCAGGAAGAACAGAAAGCGGUGGUCCAACUGGCUGCUGAAAAGGACAAACUGAUCGCUGAACUGAAUGCUCAAAAGGACCAUCUGACUACCAGGAAUGAAGAACAGGCAGCAGAGAUCGAAUCCCUAAAGGAACAGCUCAGUGAAAGGGAGUCCAGCCAGGCACUACUGGCACUGAAGGGAAGUGGCCUUCAGAGUACCCAGUCUGGAAAAGUGUAUAUAAGAUCAAAGAAGAAACGACAACAACAUUCUGAUGGCAGUGGUGAAGAUGCAGAUUAUCAAGGUUUAAGCACUGAGCUUGAGGCUGCUAAAAAUGAACUGUCUGAUAUCCACUCUAAGCUUAUCAAGGGUUUUAUUGAUAUCAGUAGUACUGGAGGCAGGAAUAUUGCAAUAAAGAACAUAGGCCAACUGAGCGACAAGCCAUUCCUACAGGCGUGCCUUAAGAAGCUUACUCCCAAAGAAGCUCCAGAAAAAGCUUCUGAGCUGUACAAUUUUUGGCAGAAGCAACUGCUGAACACAGACUGGAAUCCAUCCAAGACUCUCAUGGAUGAAGGUAUCUCGAAGGAGAUUGAUGUCCAUGAUGUCAAUCUGCAAGAGCUACGUGCUUCAUGGGGUGAAGAGGUGUACAAGGCCGUGGUGAAUUGUUUGAUGGAAAUUGAAGAGUGUGGCAGGCUGAUGGACAGAACCAUCGUGCCCGAGCUUUGGAAUUUCAAGGAGAAUAGGAAGGCUACUUGCAGUGAAUGUGUUGAGUACAUUUUCAGCCAAGUGAAGCGUCUGAAUGGUUCAAAAGGCAGGACAACUCGCAGCUUGGCUGCUUUCAUUGCGAUUAGAAAAGGGAAGAGUACAAGCGGGCAGGAGACCUACCAUCUUCUAGUCAGGCUCUCUUGGUCUUUCUACCGACGCCAACGAGGCCACCCAAACGAGCAGGGAAGAAAAGAGAAAAAGACUAGAGCUUAG